AUGUGUGAGUUGUGUGGAGGAGAGCACAAUUCAGAGGAGUGUCUCAGUGUUGAUUCUCAAGCUACAAUGGAACAAGUUGAUGUGGUGGGCUAUGGUAGUAUACAACCGGCAUUCCAACAACGAGGAACCUACAAUCCAAAUGCAUCGAGGAAUCAUCCUGGUUUCUCUUGGGGUAAUCCAGCUGGGGCGGCUAAUCCCCAGUACUUAAAUAGUAGAAGUCAACCACCAGGAUUUCAGGGGCAGCAAAAUUUUAGAGGAAAUCAUCCACCACAAUUCAGGCAGAACCAAGGAUAUCAAGUUCCAGUAAAUCAGUCCAAGCCUAAUGUGGAAACACCGGUCCCGUCGAAUAUGGAAUUAUUGUUGGAAAAAAUGGUUAAAGGUCAGUUAGAGAUUACAGAAAGGUUGGAUCGGAUGGAUACUCGCCAAAAUAUGGUUGAAAAUCAGCUAGCAAAUCAACCAUCUAUAUCAAGUACUAAAGUCACAGGUAAGUUGCCAGCUAUGCCCGAACAACCAAGAGAACACAUGAACGCCGUCACCACUAGGAGUGGGAAGCAAUUAUUGGACCCACCGUAUCCGAAUGGGGAACAAGUUGUCAGGAAGAAUCUAGAAGGUGAAAAUGAGAAAGUGAAUGAGGGUGUUAUUGCUCAAGAUAAGGAAGAUGAGAUACAAGAAAUUGAACCCGUAAAGAAGCAUACACCACCUCUACCCUUCCCACAAAAAUUCCAGAAAUCUAGGGAAGAGGAAAGAAGAUCAAACUUCUACAGUUUGAUCAAGCAACUGGAUAUCACCAUUCCUUUUAUUGAUGCAGUGACCGAGAUUCCCUCAUAUGCUAAGUUUUUGAAAGAGAUUUUAUCCAACAAGAGGAGAGCUGAGAAUCGUGAGAUAGUAGCAGUAAGUGAAGAAUGUAGUGCUUUAAUUCAAAACAAGCUCCCUCCAAAACUUAGGGAUCCUGGGAGUUUCUCUAUCCCUUGUGUUAUUGGAGGAUCACUUGUUCAAAAAGCUUUAUGCGAUUUAGGGGCAAGUGUGAGUUUGAUGCCUUAUUCUUUGUGUCAAAAGCUGCAACUUGGAGAGCCGAAACCUACAUCCAUAACUCUUCAGUUGGCAGACAGAUCAGUGAAAUAUCCUAUCGGAAUUCUGGAGGAUGUGCCAGUGAAGAUUGACAAAUUUUACAUUCUGGGAGACUUCGUGGUUUUAGAGAUGGAAGAAGAUGCUAAAAUUCCUAUUAUCCUUGGGAGACCAUUCUUGGCAACCGCUGGGGCUAUAAUCAAUGUCAAAAAAGGAACCUUAGUUCUUGAGAUUGGAGAAGAUAAAGUUGAAUUUAAUGUUUUUGAAUUGGCUAACAAAUCUUCUUGUCUUGAUUCUUGCUUUUAUGUAGACGAAAUCGACUCAUGUGUUGCAACUUAUGAGAGGGGUAAAUGGAUCUCCAAUGACCCUUUACAACUCGAAGGUGAAGAUUCUACAAAGAGUGAAUGCUUGGAGGAUGGUACGAAUGAUGAGGAAUCAUAG